AUGGAACGUGACUGGUUGCUCGAAAGCCUUAUGCUGAUGGCAUCAGUAACAGUCUCACUGUUCGCAGUGAGCCGGGCCAAGAACUUCAUCAAGAAGGUGCUUGUCGAAGAAUCGCCACCAGAAUCCCAGCAUACACAGUCUCAGCAAUCGUCACCGAGUCAGCAACAGGCGCAAGCGCAACAACAUCAACUGCCAACGGAAGCGUUGACCACUUUGGUGACCGAUGCUGCGGCCGUGGUCACAACCACAGUGACGGCGUUAAAGCCGAGCAAAUGGCGCGAACUUCGCAAGAAGCGUCUGAAGAAGCAAGGACAGAAGAAAGGAGACGAAGAAGACGAGAAAACCGAAUUCGAAAAGAAUCGAGAGGUUUGCUGUACAAAUGAAUGA